AUGUUGAUACACUUGAAAGAAAGGAAGAAAGCUUAUAUUGUUCUUCUAUUGUCAUGGGUACUCGAUGCUGAAAUUCACCUUGACGCUAAAGGUCUUGGUGCCACUAUUACAAAUGGUAAUACAGCGUCGAGUCAGGACAAAGCAAAGGCAAUGAUUUUCCUUCGUCAUCAUCUGGAUGAAGGAUUAAAGGUUGAAUACCUUACGGUGAAAGAUCUACUUGAAUUGUGGAUUGAUUUGAAGGAAAUGUAUGACCACCUUAAGGCAACGGUAUUGCCAAGAGCUCGUUAUGAAUGGAUUCACUUACGGUUACAGGAUUUUAAAACUAUAUGUGAAUAUAAUUCUGUUGUAUACAAAAUUACUUUCCAAUUGAAAUUAUGUGGGGAAGAUAUAAAAAAUGAGGACAUGUUGGAAAAAACUCUCACAACUUUUCAUGCCUCAAAUUUGGUAUUACAACAACAAUACCGUGAAAGGGGAUUUAAAAAGUAUUCUAAGUUGAUCUCAUGCCUACUUGUGGCUGAACAACAUAAUACUCUUUUAUUGAGAAACCAUGAGGCCCGUCCUACGGGAACUGCUCCGUUACCGGAAGCAAAUGAGGUUGAAGCACAUAACCAGUCUGAAAGAAGACAAAUAAAAAUCAAGGUCAAAAUAAUGUUCGUGGACAUUACAAUGACAGAGGACAAUAAAAUAAUCGUCGUGGUGGUGGUCGCCACAAAAGGGACAACAAUAUGGGUUCUCAAAGCAAUUCUUCAAGAGGCAAUUGUCAUCCUUGUGGCAUGA